CGCCGGGCUGGGCUGGGCUGGGCUGGGCUUGGCGCGCUUGGCCCUCCUCGCCGCCCCUCGGACCGUCCCGGGCGGGCAGAGCCCCCGCCGCCUCUCGCCGCGCGAUGCACCGGGCAAGGCAGGACGAGGUGGAGGUAGGCGGCCCCCGGCGGAGGGAGGGAGGGAGGGAGGGAGGGAGAAGAAAGACCCCCGAGCUGGGCCAGAGGAGCCGCCGGCUCCGAGGGAGGGCAGACCCAAGGGCCCUCGCCGCCCGCCCGUAGCAGCCCGCAAGGCAGGCGUGGAGAAGCCGCCAUCCUCUGGUCGGGUCCAGGAGCGCUGCCUUCGAGGCUGGAGGCUCCCUUUAGCGGCAGGGCCAACAGCUGCGGGCAGAGGACGGCGGACCUCGGUUUCAAACCCGCGGAGAAGCAGCCCAGAACUAGCCUCCUCCUUAAUCUGUCAUGCUGGCAAGUUCUAUACACUGUAAUCUAAUACGUAUUUUAAGGUGCCAGUCUUCUCGUGACGGGACUGCAGCUCUUCUCCAUUUUUGUGCUACCACCAUGAAUGAGAAAAUGUGCCAGUAGCUUCCUUACAUUUCCAACAUAGGUCACUUUUAUCAUGUGUCAUUAAGUAUUGGAAUUGUUUGGAAUAAAAACCUUUUUCGGAGAAUAUUCAUUUUUAUCACUGAGAUUCUCUCCAUUAAUAAUAAUUGCAUUCUGCCCCAUAUAUCUAGAAUAUAUAUGUUUCAAAAAUGAGAGAGAGAGAGAAAACAUAAAGUAAUAUUGAGGAAAAUCCUAGUUGUGAUCCUGAAUCACCAUUCAAAUAGCGUGCUAGAGAAGACUUGUUUAAUUUGACACAGAGCAAACCUCCCAAAAAGGUAGUUUGUGGACAAUAUGUGGCUAGCUAUCUGACCCCCAGUUUUACAUGGGCUGGAGAUGAAAACAUCUCUCAGCCUAUGUGUUUGAUCUGUGGCGGGAAGCUUUCAGAUUCCAAUGUUGCCCCAAACAAGAUGAAAAGACAUCAGUUGUCAAACCAUGGAAAUCUGGCAAACAAUAAUGUUCAAUAUUUUGAAAUGCUUUUGGAACAGCAGAAACGCCAAAGUUCAUGUUUCUAAACAUGGUUAAAAGUAUCAGUUAAGAUGCAAAUCUUGCGAGAUGGCGGAAUUGAAGGCUCAACAAACAAAAUCACACAUAAUAGUUUCCUCUCUUGCUUCCACUUCUGCUUCUGGGCUUCUUUGUGCCACAGACUCUCCCGGCUCACUAAACCCUGUUGCCCCUUCAGUUUUGGAUGCCUCCUCCUCCCAGUCUUCUCCCUCUGACCACUCAUUAUUUUCCCACCACUACUCCCCAGGCUCUCAGCUGAUGCCUCCCACAAUUCCUCUGUGUCCAGCCAGUCCAUGACAUCAAGUAAAAGAAGAGCAAGGUGCUACAUAUCAAAAGUUUAGUAUUUGAGGCCUUGACUAAAUACAGCCUCCAAAGCAGAAAUUUGCUUGUGCUCCAGGUUAUAAUUACCGGUAUAUGUAAUUCCUUGGAGGUUGGGGGAAUAGCUGUGUUACUGUCACCACAAAAAUAGCAAAGGUUGUUGUGGCACCUUAAAGACUAGCAAAUAUAUUGUGAUGUAAGUGUUCAUGGGACAGAGCUCACUUUAUUAAAAGUGUUGUCUUAAUCAGAAUCUAGAACAGUACAAAACUUUAAGAAAUACAGGUCUAAAUCACAAAUUACAGCUACUUCCCUUCUCCGUCUUGUCAGUACUCAGUUGAAAAGUUUACACCCAUCUCCAUGGUGCAGCAGCUGCCUCUGCUUAUCAUUAUUGAUUGUCAAUAGUUAGCAUAAGCCAUAAUUAAAACUCAUUUCAAAAGAUGAUUUCUGGUGUGAAAGCUGAGUCACAAACUUUAUGUGCCUGUUCAGACAGCAUGCCUAACCAUAGUUAAACUUCAUUAAUCCAGGUGCUCUUGGAGGAAACUGAUUUUCUAGAUCCAUUUCAGUCUGGGUUUAGGCCCAGUUUUCACAGAGAAACUGCUUUGGUCGCCCUGUUGAGAGAGAGACAGGGGAAAAUGUGUCCCUGUUAAUUCUCCUCUACCUCUCAGCGGCUUUUGAUACCAUCGACCAUGGUAUCUUUCUGGAGUGGCUGUCUGAGUUAGGGGUGGGUGGCACGGCUUUGUGGUGGUUCAGGUCCUACUUAGAUGGUCAUUCCCAGAGGGUGUUGCUUGGGGAAUGCUUUUCAGCUCUGCAGAAACUUCAAUGUGGGGUUCUGCAGGGCUCAGUCCUAUCCCCCAUGUUGUUUAAGAUCUACAUGAAACUGCUGGGUGGGGUUAUCCAGAGGUUUGGAGUAUGUUGUCAGCAGUAUGCGGAUGACACUCACCUCUACUUCUCCUUUACAUCUGCAGGUGAGGCAGUGGAAGUGCUGGACUAGUAACUUGCCUCGGUAAUGAACUGGAUGAGAGCCAACAAACUGAAGCUCAAUCCAGAUCAGACUGUGGCACUGUUAGUGGGUGGUUCCCUAGACUAGAUGGCUGGGAGGUUGCCUGCUCUUGAUGGGGUUACACUUGCUUGGAUCCAAGAAUUGAAAGGGACUGAGGCAUACAGCCUAACACCACCUUCCAACCUUAAGCUGUCUAAGCCAGAGAUUGGCAACCUAAGGCCCAUGGGCCGCUUCCAGCCCAUGAGCUUCCUGGAACCGGCCCAUGGCCGUUCCGUGGAUUGGCAUGGGGAUUCUGUGCUCUCCCCCCCCCCCGCGGAGCCAUUUUUUUUCUUGCCGUGGGGACUGACUUCCCGGUUGGUAGAGUGCUGGAAAUAGUGUGCGCAUGGGUUCUCCUCUGUCCUGGAAGUGUGCCGGAAAUAGCUUGAGCGCACGCAUGGGUGCGCAUGCUAUGGCCCACUGAGAGGUCUGCUGGUGAGUGGACUGGCCUGGCCUCAAAAAACGUUGCUGACCCCUGGUCUAAGCUAAGGUUACCAGAUUUUUUUCAAUGAAUCUGGGAACACUUUUCAACUUCCUACUAAAUAGAUGCAUUUUGUCAGGGGACUGAUUUGUAAAUCCGGGGACUGUCCCCGGCAAAUGGGGACGUCUAAUAACCUUAGUCUAAGCCAAUGUGUGAACACCUUUGCAUAAAGACAUCCUUGCCCUGUCAGUGUCCCCUGGUCUGUACACAUGCGGCAAUGAAAGGACGUUGUGCUGAUGUGAACAGCACGAGGAAGAGCUCUGAAAUGCAUAAAACAUAACCCCAGCAACUUCACUGCUGUCUAAGGCAGUGCGAGUACACCCUGAGUCAGUCACUGACUGGCAGCAGCUCUCCAGGGUCUCAGGCCCUGGUGAUGCCGAAGAUGGACCUAGAGACCCUGUGCCUUCAGCCCUCCAAGCAGCCUGGAGGAAGUAAUGCAUCCCCCCCCCCCCCCGGCUCAGAUUAUUGUUGUAUUGAGGACAGGACUGCGUGUUUCCCAAACACAGAUUAGGCAGUUGGUGGUAAAAUAAGAGAGAAGGCAUUCAGCCCCUUCCCACAUCUAUCAUUUCUCCCCUGCUGCUACCUCUUCCCAGGCACCUGCCUACCCCCUUCCAAAUAGUGAUUAUUUUUGUCUUUGAAUAAGGAGAUCCUGCUAAGGGAACAAUAUCUAGGGUGGUGGGAGAGAAGCUGUGAGCAGGAGAGGAUUAGCCAUCCCCCUCCUUGCUGAUUCUGCUCUGUGAGUGCUCCUCCGUUAAUAUUAUAAGGUUAGGAAUCACAUCUUUGCCUCAUAACAAGUAGGCCUGCCCUCAAAAAUUUAAAAUUGCAAUGUAUUUGCAACACAAGCACAUGAUUUCAGGGACAGGAGAGAAAUGGCAAAACCUCUGCUUUCACUAUGUUAUAAGAAAAAAUGGCUCUUUUUCCCAAGAGCCCAUAUAGAGUCCUUAAGUGGGUGCCUUAUUGGUAGGAGAAAAUAACAAAGGCCAACCAGAGUAUAUUGAGAAGCAAAGCAGUUAGUAAGCUUGAUCUUUAUUAAACUGUUGGAACAGGCUCCCCCGCUCACCCCACACAGGAGGGAGGAGGAACCCAGAACGAUAAUAAUAAUAAUAAAUUUUAUUUAUAUCCCGCCCUCCCCAGCCGAAGCCGGGCUCAGGGCGGCUAACAACAAUAAAACAGUACAAAAGUACAGCACAAACAACACUCUAAAAUCAUUCAUUAUAAAAUUGAUUAAUUCAAGCCACUGGCAACCAUUGGGCCAGAGCUCCACAAAGAUUGCCGAGGGAGGGAGUCAGGCUGUGCCCUGGCCAAAGGCCUGGUGGAACAGCUCUGUCUUGCAGGCCCUGCGGAAAGAUGUCAAGUCCCGCAGGGCCCUGGUCUCUUGUGACAGAGUGUUCCACCAGAUCGGAGCCACGGCCGAAAAGCCCUGGCUCUAGUUGAGGCCAGCCUAACUUCUCUGUGGCCUGGGACCUUCAAGAUGUUUUUAUUUGAAGACCGUAAGUUUCUCUGUGGGGCAUACCAGGAGAGGCGGUCCCGUAGGUAUGAGGGUCCUAGGCCAUAUAGGGCUUUAAAGGUUAAAACCAGCACCUUAAACCUGAUCCUGUACUCCACCGGGAGCCAGUGCAGCUGGUAUAGCACCGGGUGAAUGUGAGUUCGCAGCGAAGACCCCGUAAGGAGUCUCGCUGCAGCAUUCUGCACCCGCUGGAGUUUCUGGGUCAGUCUCAAGGGCAGCCCCACGUAGAGCGAGUUACAAUAAUCCAGUCUGGAGGUGACCGUCGCGUGGAUCACAGUGGCUAGGUCAGGGCGAGAGAGGUAAGGAGCCAACUGCUUAGCUUGGUGGAGAUGAAAAAAUGCCGCCUUUGUUAUAGCUGCAAUCUGCGCCUCCAUAGAGAGGGAGGUAUCGAAGAUUACACCCAAACUCUUAACGGACGGUGCUGGCACUAAUUGCGCCCCCGCAAGAGAUGGGAGUUGCCCCCCCAAUCCCAUAUCGUCCCGUCCCAGCCACAGGACCUCUGUCUUCGAAGGAUUUAGCUUCAACCGCCUCCCACGUAACCAUCCAGCCACAGCUUCCAAACAUCUGGUCAGUGUGUCUGGGGCCGAGUCAGGAUGGCCAUCCAUCAACAGAUAGAGUUGGGUGUCAUCAGCAUACUGAUGGCAACCCAGCCCAAAACUCCGGACAAGCUGGGCAAGGGGGCGCAUAAAGAUGUUGAAAAGCAUCGGGGAGAGUAUUGCACCCUGAGGUACUCCACACACCAAGGAGUGGCACGAUGACAAUUCCCCCCCAAGUACCACCCUCUGUCUCCAACCAGAGAGAAACGAGCGCAGCCAUUGAAGGAUGGUGUGUAAGUCCUUAUAUAGACUUUUGAAAUUGCCCACUCUGUAGCUCAAGACCACCCCAAAAAACAUCAUACAUACAUCACAGAAGGAAGCGGGCUCCUGCAGAAAUACAUUACAGGAGGCGGUCUACAGCAGAAAUCCUGUCUGCCAGGAUACCUGACAGUGGUUACCUGGGCAGCCUGGCCAUUCUUUUGUGAUGAUAAAUGCUUUUUAAUUCCUGUAUCCAGGUCACAGGCUCACCCUAUUCAUACACAAAUACACCCUUAAGACAGGUAAGCAAAAGACAAUGGAGAGGCUUUCUCAUUUCUUCCUCCUUGCAGAGAAAUAUUUGAGGUCAAUUUGGGAGAGUCAAAAUGGUUUGGGAGAGUCAAAAUGACUUCAGGACUGCUCUCCUGUACUAUUUCAGACACGUGGCUUAUAUACUUAUGUAUGUGUUUGCCUUGUACAUUUAUGAAUGUUUAUUUUAUAUUUGGGACCUUAGAAUUCUUAUAAGAACUACCAGCAUUACCAACCAGUUUUUGAGCAAUAGUGCUGGGAAAACAGUCACCAAUAAAAACUUUUCAGUCACUUUAGCUUUUUCUUGCUGUGCAGCUGACUGAGGGGUGCUGAUCAUAUAACUUUGGAAGCUCAUGUGUUAGCAACAAGAAAUUAUGAAUGUUUGGAAGCAAAACUACUGUUUGACCAUGUUUAUUAGCUGUAUGGAGUUGUUAACAGAGAAAUCUGAGGGCUCCCUUGGACAAAAAACAAGGACACCAGCCAGGAAUACCAGAGCAAACAGCAGCCUUUAUUGAAGACUGUUGCCACAGGACUCCUACCUGUCACCAGGUGAAGCAAGAUGGAAGCCCCAAACAAAAGAGAACCCAAACUUUUAUUAGCUGCUAAUCCCCAUGUUACAUCCCCCCCCCAAACUACAUCACUAAUACAUCAUGGUUACAUCAUGAAAGGGGAGGUCUGGUGGCAGUAAUCUGAGCAUCCUGGACCCUGCCCAAUUCCUCCCCUUGCCCUCCACCACACACCCAUCAAGUGAAGCAAAAGAGAUACUUACAUUUCCCUGUUUCCCAACCAAGUUAAUCACACCCUUUUAUCUUCAUCUGGGUUUGUUAUUUCUGGAAUGGCUACCUGUCUGGCACUCAGGUAUCAGGAUGCCAGGAAUGAUCACUCAGGCAGAGGCAGUGGCGGAGCUUCAUGCUCCGAGGGCGGGAUGUGCCACCUGCGCGGGGGGGGGGGGUGCCCAGCGCAGGCGGGGGGGUAGCCGCAAUGGCACCCUGGCGAUCGCGCUGCUGGGGGCGGUACGCUCUCUCCGCACUCCUCUUCCUCUGCCAGUGGGCAGAGGGGCUGCUGAAUAGCUGAGCUCACAUGUCUAUAUGAAUUUCUGAAGUUUUCCCAGUGAGCCAGUACAUAGAUACAUUUGUCAGUGAAUUGUUACAUUUUGUAUUGUGCAGCAGAGGCCCUUCGAAUAGAUAGGAAGAAACUGUGGUGAAGUGUUUUGUUGGGACAAAUCACAAAAGUCACAAAAGUGAUUAUGCUGAUUUUGGCAGUGGGCUGCAUGUGCAUGAUAUCUGCUGGAGCCCCCCCCCAUAAAUUCCUGCCACAGAGUGUUCAGCUGUUCAAAUACCUACAAGCAGAAAAGGUCGGCUCACUGGCUUCUUUCACACACAAUGCUAAAUGGCAGCCAUGGAGAAUCCAUUAUUUGGAAGCAAGGCUGUUAUAGAAAAAUGGGGUUUGGCUUUUACAGUCCAGCUUUCCCUUUAAGGGACCAAGUAUCCCCUAAGUUCAUCAUCAGUCGAGAAGAUAGUAUGGAGAGAGGAACCAAUUGAAAGCAAGGAAGAUUUUUCAGAGUCACCCCACCCCGAUGGCUUGGAGGUGAGGACCCAGAACAAAGAUGUGUAACAGCUUUUAAAUUUAAAGAUUAUUUACAGAAAUAUUGCAAAAUUAAAGAAUGUUAGAGUGAUGAUGGACUGAAAUUAAGUGGCUUCUAGCUCUACAGGCUUUAAAGUUAUUUACAGAUCAAGAUUAAGGAUUAGGAUUAAAAAGGUUAAAAGAAUGGAAAAUUGGCUUUUAAUAGGUAAAAAUUUAAUGUUAUAUUAUAUUAAGAUUAAGGAUUGGGAUUAAAAAGGAGGGAAGGGAAUUGCUGGACAAACAAAUUGAAUUGGAAUACAAAAGAGGGAGGUAUGAGGAGGUCCAGGAAAUAAGUAAAUCUAAAAGUAGUGAUGAAAAGAUGGAAUUGUUUUUAACUGUUUUUUCUUUUUGUAUUUUGUAUUGUGUAUUUUUCUUUUUCUUUUUAAAUUCUUUUUUUAUUGAUGUGUCCUUUUUUAUGUGAAACUUUAAUAAAUAUUAUUAAAAACAAAAAACAAAAAACAAAGAUGUGUAACAGCUUUUAAAGGCUUCAGAAAUUGCCCAAAGACUACCAAAAAGCAUUAUACAGGCAUCACAGAAAGAGGUGGUCUACAACAGAAAUUUGAAUGUAUGGCUUGUCUCCUGUCUGUCAAGAUAUCAGAGAAAGUUUACUGAUUGCCUUUUCCUGGCCAGUCUGGGCCAUUCCUUUGAAACAGUGAAUAUCUUGACUCCAGAAUCCAUUUUCACAGAUUAUGCAUAGAUAUCUGCUCUUUUGACAAGUCUGCUUGGAUAGUUAUCAAUACUCGUGACACAUUUCACAGAGGAGAGGCUCAGGAUUCCCUGCUUUGUGACUAGAGGAGUCUCAAGGCUGCCUAGGUGUCAGACAUGGCUGCUGUAUUGCUCUCGGUACUAUUUUAGCACAGGUCUUACUAGUGAUGUAGAAAAAUUGGGGCUUGGCUUUUGCUGCCCUUUUGCUCUAAGUCCAUGAUCGGUCAGGGAAGAAUGGAUGGAGGCAGAAUCCGGUGAAAGCAAGGCAGAUCUUUAUUUUUCUCUUGCGACAGAGUCCCCACCCCGCUUUCAAGGAGGUGAGAGACCAAGAACAAGUGCGCAGGAACCUUUAAAGACUUUAGACAUUGCCCAGCAAAGAUCACCCUAAAAGCAUCCUACAUACAUCACAGAAAUCUGAGUGUUUAGCUUCUCUCCUGUUUGCUGGGAUAUCUGAUGUUUUACUGAUUGUAUUACCUGGGCAGCAGCCUGACCAUUCUUCGGAGAUGGUAAAUACUUUAGUUCUUGAAUCCAGGUCACAGGCCCACCCUAUUCUUACACAGAUAUGCCCUUGACAGGAUUUGUAAGGGAAAAGAACUACUGGGAAAGGUUUCUCCAAUAUAUUUCCUUCCUCAGAGGAAAUAUUUGGGGUUAUUAAAAUUCAAGAAAAGCUUCGUGAUUUAUGAACAUUUAUUAUAUAUUUGAUACCUUAGUGUUCUUAUAACACUGGUGAAAGGUAUAUUUCAUCAAGAAAUUGGUUGAUUCAUAGAGAAAUAAGGCUAAGUGAAAAUAUCCACUGUAAAUAGACACAUCUGGAUACUUUGUUACCAUAUAACUGAGUUAUGUUGCAUAGGCCAAGGCCAUUUGCAGAAGGGUUCCUGUUGUAUUACCUGUAGUUACAUGCAGGGAGUUGGCUGUUUUCUGGACAUGUAUAUGUUUAGAUGCACCUAUUCCUGUGAUUUUAUAAUGGCAUGGCAUUAAUUUCUCUAACAAGGCACAGGUGCCUCAAAAUGCAGCCACUUCUCCUUGGUGGCGUGUGAGAGGCUGGAAUGUGGCAGCCGGGUGUCCUGCAUGCUGUUUAAAGCAAUCUAAAUCAUUCACCAAGGAAAGCUGAAUUUCUGCUGCCUUCAGAGUACCAGGACUGGCAGUACUCAGGCUAAUCUCUAAUCUUGCAUGGACAAAUUUCUCAAAUGCAAAUGGCUUGCCCAGGGGUCAGCAACCUUUUUCAGCUGUGGGCCGGUCCACUGUCCCUCAGACCAAUUUUGAAAAAAAAAUUGAACGAAUUCCUAUGGCCCACAAAUAACCCAGAGAUGCAUUUUAAAUAAAAGCACACAUUCCACUCAUUGUAAAAACGCGCUGAGUCUUGGACUGUCCGCGGGCUGGAUUGAGAAGGCGAUUGGGCCACAUCCGCCCCCCGGGCCUUAGGUUGCCUACCCCUGGGCUACCAACCCAUGGCUUCCACCUCCAGACCUUUGGUUUCAUUAGAAACAGAAACCUCUGGCAUGAGCAAAAGAGCCAUCAGCACAGCAGAUGUUUAAGUGCAGUGAGGAAUAGCGCCUCAGCAUGACAUCCCUCCCUACGCAAUAUAGUCUGGUCUGCCACAUGUUCUGUUUCUAAGAGCUUCAGCAAACUGUGAGCAAUUUUCCUCUGCUGUUGCAUGAGGAUGGUGUCAUGGAGACUCUUGAGGUCAUGUUUAUCUUGUGCAAACUGAAGGCAUGGGGGCAAAGGUAGGAGGAGUAUCCCUUGUGCAAUGCUGAUGUAAUCUCAAACAAAGUUGCCCUCGCUUGCCAGCAGGGCUGCCUGUCUAGUGAUAAGGUUCGCCUAGUGCCUUCAUUACAUAUCUUCAGGUGCCAGGCGAAAAUAUUUAUCUUUAACCAGGCAUUCAUCUUAUUAACAUUCUAGGGCCUUUUAAAUGUGUUUGUGGGUUAUUGGCUUGUUUUUGUUUUGUUAUUUAUUUUGUAUUGUCAUUUUGUAUAUUUAUUUGUGAACCGCCCUGUGAUAUUCAGAUGAAGGGUGGCAAGCCGUCUGUUAGGGUGUGUGUGAGUGUAUCUGUCUACUAUCAGGUUUCCAGUACAGCAGUGGAGCCCCAAGGCGGCCAGGGCGUAGAGGGCACCCGCCUGCGUGCCACAGUUCAGGGUAGGAGAGGGGCAGGGAAGCUGCUGCCCACUCCCUCCCUGCUCUCUGCCACUGGGUCAGGCCUGACUGGGCAAUGGAGGCAGAGCUGCUGGGGACGGGCGCACCUUGCUGGGGCUGAUGUGAGAUGCUCUCUGCUGCCAAGUCAAACGUGACCCGGUAGUGGAGCUACUGCAGCCGGGCACAAGGUGCCUCGCAGCCAAGGAGGGUGGGUAACAGCAUUGCUGCUGACUCUCCUGCUGUCCAUCGCUGGGUCAGACCUGACCCCUCAACAGAGCUACUGUGGCUCAGCGCACCUCGCUGCGGCUGAGGAGGGCGCUCUCUGCAGGUCACCGCAGAGCUGCUGCCACUGGGCGCAAGGUGCCCUGGCUGCCACCCACUCGCCUGCUCUCCUCCCGCCGUCAGGCCUGACCCGGGUGGCGGAGCUUCACCAGGCACAGGCUCUCCAGAUGUUGUAGAACUCCAACUCCCAUCAGCCCCACCCAGCAUGGCUAAAUGGUCAGGGUGAUGGGAGUUUAAGUUUAGCAACGUCUGGAAUUCACCACAUUUGCUAAAGAUGGAUUUAACACACUGAUAGCCAUCACUUCAGGGUUUAAAAUAAUAACAGUAAUAGAAGGUGCAAUUUCUCCCUUUCUGACAUUCCAACUUAAAUUAUAUGCACAGAGCUGCUAUAGAACCAUAGAACUGUAGAGCUGGAAAGGACCCCAAGGGUAAUCUAAUCUGACCCCCUGCAAUGCAGGCGUCUGACUAUGGCAGAAGAGAAUGGUACUAUUACUUCACUUGAUCCAGACACUAGACUUCUGUUUAUGUAGCGUAGAAUAAGGUAAAGGUAAAGGUACCCCUGCCCGUUCGGGCCAGUCUUGCCAGACUCUAGGGUUGUGCGCUCAUCUCACUCUAUAGGCCGGGAGCCAGCGCUGUCCGCAGACAUUUCCGGGUCACGUGGCCAGCGUGACAAGCUGCAUCUGGCGAUCCAGCGCAGCACACGGAACGCCGUUUACCUUCCCGCUGGUAAGCGGUCCCUAUUUAUCUACUUGCACCCGGAGGUGCUUUCAAACUGCUAGGUUGGCAGGCGCUGGGACCAAACGACGGGAGCGCACCCCGCCGCAGGGAUUCGAACCGCCGACCAUGCGAUCAGCAAGUCCUAGGCGCUGAGGUUUUACCCUUUAGCGUAGAAUAACAUUAGCUUAUUUUGCUACUGCAUCACCCUGUUGACUCAUGUUAAGCUUGUGGUCCACCAAGAUUCCUAGAUCCUUUUCACAUGUACUACUUGUAAACCAGGUGUCCCCAUCUUAUAUUUUUGCAUCUGGUUCUUCCUGCAUAAGUGCAGAACCUUAUAUUUGUCCCUAUGGAAAUUCAUUUUGUUAGCUUGAGCCCAGUUCUCCAAUCUGUUAACGGUCACUUUGAAUUCCGAUUGUCUUCUGUGGCGUUUGUUACCCCUCCCAGCUUGGCGUCAUCUGCAAAUUUGAUGAGUAUCCCUUCAAUUCCUUCAUCCAAGUCAUUUAUAAAGACCUUGAACAACAACAGGCCCAGGACAGAACCCUGCGGCACCCCACUUGUCACUUUUCCCCAGGAUAACGAGGAACUGGUAACCUUUGUGUUCAGCCAGCCAGCCAGCUACAAAUCCACCAAACAGUUCAUCCCACAUUUUAGCAGCUUCUCUGCAUGAAUAAUCAUGGGGGAUUUUGUCAAAAGCCUUACUAAAAUCAAGAUACACUAUGUCACUAGCAUUCCCCUGAUCCACCAAGCUUGUAAGUCCAUCAAAAAAAGAAAUGAGAUUCAUAUGGCAUGACUUAUUUUUGAGAAACUCAUGCUGGGUCUUAGUAAUCACAUCAUCCUUUUCUAGGUGCUCACAGACUGACUGUUGAAUUAUCUGUUCUAGGACCUUUCUUGGUAUCAGUGUCAAGCUCACUGGUCGGUAGUUACCUGGGUCUUCUCCCCAACCCCCUUUUGAAGAUGGGGACAACAUUUGCCCUCCUCUAGUCUGCAGGAACCUCACCUGUUCUCCAAAAAUUCUCAAAUCAUAGACAAAGGCUCUGAGAUUACAUCCGCAAGCUCCUUUAGUACCUUUGGAUGCAGCUCACCAGGCCCUGGAGAUUCAAAUUCAUUUAAAGUACCAUAUUUUUCGCUCUAUAAGAUGCACUUUUCUCCUCCUAAAAAGUAAGGUGCGUCUUAUGGAGUGAAUGCAGGCUGCACAGCUAUCACUGAAGCCAGGAUCAGUGCACACUGAUCCCUCUUGCUCUCCUGGCUUCAGGGAUAGCCACGCAAAGCCUCUUCAGGGCAAUGGGAGGAACACUCCCCCUCCCCUGAAGAGGCUUGGCACGGCUAUCCCUGAAGCCGUGGAGAGGCGCUGCGCAGCUCUCUCUCUCUGCGCAGCGUCCCUUCAGUGAAGCGGGAGGAGAAACGGAGCCCCUGCACAGAGAGGGAGAGAAUAUUGUUCUCCUCUAAAACUAGGUGCGUCUUAUGGUCAGGUGCUUCUUAUAGAGCGAAAAAUACGGUAGCUAGGUGUUCACUUACUACCUCUUUUCCUAUCUAGGGCCAUAGCCCUUCCCUUACAUUAUUUAUUCUCUUAACACCAGGUUAGGCAUCACUUUACUUUUGGGUGAAGGCAGAGGCAAAGUAGGUGUCGAAUAGUUAGUUCUGCCUUCGCUUUGUCACCUAAUAGCAUUACUCCGUCUUCGUUACUCCAUGUAGAGGACCUUCCACUUGCUUGUUCUUCCUCUGCUUCGGACAUAGCUAAAGAAACCUUUAUUAUUGUUUAACCUCUCUUUCAAGCCUGAGUUCAUCACAGCUUUAGCCAGCCUGACUUUCACCCUGCAACUGUUGGUUACUCAUGUAUACUUCUCCUUUGUGAUUUCCCCUUUCUUCCAUUUCCUAUACAUGGCCUUCUUAACUCUCAGCUCAUCUGUCAGCCCUUAUGCAGCUACAUCAAUUUCCUUAGAUGCCUCUCAAUUUGCUUUUGGGCCUUCAUUAUUUCUCCACUAAAGAUGUGGGAGUGGGGUUUGUAACUGCCACAGCCUGGGAUGAAAGUGUUAAAUGACGCACACACACACAACUGUUUGUUUGUUUCAAACCUGAUGUGAUUGUUAAAGUUGGGUUUUGUGUCACGUCUAGCUUAGCCCCAAUGAAAGGAGUGGACUUUAGAAACAACCCUGGCUAAGCUAUGCAAGCUUUUUCUUUUCCUCCCUUGACCAACUGACUAACUGAUCUUACACUUCCGGUGCAGCUGGAGAAAAGUGUUCGUCGACUGCGAGAGAAAUUUUAUGGGAAGGUGAGCAUCAAAACGGCUACGGUGCUGAUGAGGCAGUUCUGCAACAAUCAUGAGCUCGCUUGUAGUCGCAUCAUUCUCUUCAAAAAUGAGCUGGAAGGUGAGUCAGCCAUUCGUGCUGGUCAGAAGCACUGCAUUGUAUGGGAGAAGGGGGUGCCUGCAGGGCCAUAAGAGGCAUCUCCAUAUUGCAGCUGGGGAGGCUGAGAGUGCUUAGAACCAUAGAACCAUAGAGUUGGAAGGGAACCCAAGGGUCAUCUAGUCCAGUCCUCUGCAAUGCAGGAAUUUCAACUAAGGCAUCCAUAACACAUGACCAAACUGUGGGAAAUUACAGUCAAAUAUAACUAGAAAGCAUAGGGCUAGUUAAUGAAUGAAAGGGUUAAGAUCAUAGAACUGUGUUCCUAGACUCAGGUCACGCCCCUCACCCAGAAGCGUGGAAAUUAAGUUUCUUCCUGGGUUCAUUCUCUUUCACCAUGUGAACUCACCGAGAUAGGACAUGGCUGAGCUUGCUCACUACAAGGUCAGACUGUGUGCCCAGAGCUAUUUCACUAUAUUUUGUAAACCCAAUAUUUUCUACCUGUGUACUUCUUGCUGUGGCAUGAACCUGACCUUUGGAUUUUUGUAAGUAAAGCCUUUAAACUUGCUAAUGGUGUGCUCUGUUCAUUGCAAGAGGUGAGGGGAAGUGCUGCAAGCAGCUAGAACAGGAUAUUAAAAAGGUCUAACAGCCUAUAUUCCUCACACUUCACUGUGCUGCAUGAUUCAGUGUUUUUAAAUUCUGCUGAGGGCUCUGUCCUGCUGGAGAGUGCGUGUAGCCCUGCGCUUUGGAUCUAGGGAUCCAGUCAAGUCCUUUAUUAAUAAACACAAAUGAUCUCUAUCUACUUUUGUCCCCAUAUACCCAAUCACACACCCAACCUCUGCUCCCUUCAUCCAUGACGCCUGGGAUUGAUGGGAGUUGGAGUCCAACAACAUCUGGACGGAUCUCCUAUACCCUGGGCUGCAGGCUGCAGUGUUAAAGUACUUAGGCAAGGUUUUGUGUAACUACAAAAAGCACAAGUUGAUGCCUGCCUGAACAGGUUGCCCAGCCUACUACUACUAGGACAUUUCUUCCAUGCAAGACCCAUAUAAAAUAGUAGAAUUAUAGAGCUGGAAGGGACAACAAGGGUCAUCUAGUCCCACUCCCUGCAAUGCAGGAAUCUCAAAGUAUUCAUGACAGAAGGUUGUCCAACCUCUGCUUAAAAACCUUUAAUGAAGGAGAGUCUACCACCUUCCAAAGGAGACAAUUCUACUGUCAAAAAGCUCUUACUUACAGAAAGCUCUUCUGUUUAGUCAGAAUCUCCUUCCUUAUAUCUUGAAGCCAUUGGUUCAAGUCCUGCUCUCCAGAGCAGGAGAAAAUGAGCUUGCUCCAUCUUCCAUGUGGCAGCCCUAUUGGAAGUUCUUCUACUGUUACCCUGCAGAAAUGGGGAGCCUCUAGAGAGGGCAGGCACGUGAAUGAGGGCAGCCCAGCAGCUGCAGCACUCCAAGAAGUGCCUUCACAGUACAUAUACAACCGCCAUCUUGUAGAGCACAAUAUAUUGAUGAAGCUUGCUAAUGUCAAAGGAGACUGAUGUAUGGGUGACCAAAAGAAAAAGUAGAAGGAAUGAAUGAAGAUUGUUCUGCCAUUGAACAAGACAAUCAUUAAAACAGUUUAUCAUUUAGUUAAACAAUGUCUAUACCGCUUAACUACAGUUGUCUCUAAUUGGUGUAUAAGAAAUACAAUACAGAAAAGGUAGAAGUUCCUCUGGUCUCUCGCUGCACCAGCAAAAUCAAGAUACCUACCCACAUGACACUCCCAGAAGCUCCGUUCAUAUACUGUGAAAAAGAAUGAAAGUUUAUUGUUUUCCCCACAUGCCUUUUUCCUCCCCUGUGUCUCCCCACUUCUCAUUCCCCACCCCAGCCCCAUACUGCCCAUAACAAAGAUGUCUCAAACUGACCGUAACUGACCUUCAUGACUUUAUGAUUUGAAAUUCAGAGACACUGAAUGUACUUUUUAUUCAUGAAAAUCUUUUAAUAAAAGCAAAAAGAAAAGAAAAGGUAAAUGUUCAAAUAGUAAAAUCAGACUUCAGUUACAGUGCCUGCUUGGAAUAAAGAAGUCUUCAGUGGGCACCCGACAUUCAGCAGGGAGGCAGGGGCUGUCUGGCCUCAACUGGAAAGAAGUUCCAUAAAAUUGGGUCUACAGUACUAAGGUGGAUCUGAGCUAUGGGGGACCAGUAACCGUGACUCCCUCAAAAACCUCAGUGGCUGGACAGCAAUAUAAGGGAUUAGGCAUCCUGGAUCUGAGGUGUUAGUGGCCCUGUAAAUUAAGACCAGAACCUUGAACCUCACCUGAGCCACUAUAAACUUUUGAGCACCUGAGUUAAGUGCUGGCAAUAAUCUGUCCCCAUCCACCUUUUGCACCAGCUAGAGCAGGGCUUGUUUUACUAGAAAAAGAGGCGCCAGAACUUGUUUUUAGGGGAGCACCCACCCAAAGUUGUUGUUGAGCUUUUUGGUGCUUUCUGCACCAUCAACACCACAAAAUAAACCCGCCUCUGAUGCACAGCUGCGAGCCGCACAACCCCAAGGAAGGGGCGCAACACUAAAGCCCUGAGCUGGAGUCUCCAGGCCAGACCCACACAGAGUGCAUUGCAGCAGUCGAUUAGAGCAAAGGGUACAAGUCGAUGUAAACUGACUUGUGUUUUAUACAGCUCCCUCUCCUCUGGUCACAGAAUGCUUUCAAUUCCUAGCGUCAGCACAUUUACAUUUCACAGUUUGAGACCUCCUUCCUAACAGCAACUCACAUUCAGCCUGCUCUAACUUUGUGGUGUUGCUGUUUUUUAGAUACGGACCCAGAAGAUGGAGAGAGCCUCGAUGAUGAUCCUGUGGCUUUGGUAAUUCUCUGUCUGUUUAUCUUAGGCAGGGGUGAAAAGCUGGGAAAAGGUAGAUGAAGAGUAAGGAGUCAGAAGCUACUUUAAAGGGGCAUUUAUAGAUACUGAAAUGUUAAACAAAUGAAGCUCUUAUUAACCCAACAGCUGUGCUAUCCUAAUUUAACAACUCCACUCACCAGCUAAAGCAGCUGAGGGUAGCCAAUGGGUCUUCCCAUUGGUGAGUUAGGGACGAGACCAACAGUGGGUUCCACAGUUAAGAAGGCAGUUUGCUGUAGAGGAAAGUGAGGGGCAGGUGGGAAACGUCAACCUGGGAAUGUAACCCAUCUAAGAGAAGCAGAACACUGCUCCUAAGCCUCUGCUGCCUUGUGGUUAUACUCAUUUGUAAGAAAGCCUUCAGGAGUAAACCCCAAGGAAACAUCCAUACCCGCUGCCUUGCGGAACAUCACUGGGAGAAGAAAAGGCUAAGGAGUAAACCCUAAGACUGUUGGGUGGCAUUUUGUACGCCUCCUUCUGGCAACUCAUGCAGUCAAGCUGGUGCCAUAUGUAUUGCUCUGUUUUCAUUUGAACCACAUCAGCAAGGCCGAGAGGGGGUUCUUGUCAUCUGGGCAGCCCAGGGCCUCUGUACAUACUGCCCUGGCUUGCACCCCAGAGAGGUCAAAAGUGCUCCUAACUCAGCAAAAAAUGUAGGAAGCAGCAGUUACGAGUUAUCAGUCUCCACAACCACAGCAGGUGUAGUACUUCUCUAGCAGCUUGACUUCACCCUUGGUGGAAAGAUGCCUUCUUGAGACAGACAAACGCCAACAAAGUGGGUCCAAUUAUCCAUGGUCCAGUUAUGACCUAAAUAAAUAAGUCUGCGGAUAAAUAUUAAUUACGCAAGGUAAUAAAACAUUUCUAAGUCUUUAAGGUGAGGUUUGACUGAGAUUUUGAACACUCACUUAGGAAUGCUGAUAUUAAAUUGAAUUUCAGACAGUCACUGUGCAGUACUUUGAAUAGUUGUCAGCAGCACAAAAUUCCAAGAAACUAGGAAGUGCUGGUGCAAAACAUUUCAACUACAUUUUCCUAUUCUGCUGUUUGUAUUAAAUAUUGUCACCUGUCCCAGACACUCAGGAUGAGACAGACUAUAAAUCUUACUAAACAAAUAACCCAAAUACAGUGAUCUCUCAUACUCUAAGCAUAAUUCCCAAAACUCACCUACUGAGUCCCCCCAAGAGAAUAAUAUUAAAGGGGGCAAACUCACCUCACUCAGCAUCUUGGGUGCCUUUUUAAUGCCAUUUCCUUAAUUCUGUUUUGGCCUCCAAAACUGGGCCUGGUGAUUUCUGCCUGGAGAUGCAGAGGGCUAUGACUCCUUUAAAAAAAAAAUUACUUAUCAUUUUCAUUUUUUAACAAAUUUAAACUAAACCAUUUUAAGUCCAUAUACAAAGCUUUAUCAUCAACUUCCCUUCCCCCCCAUCGAUGGUUCGUUUUAUUAUCUCAUUUUUCCAAUUUGAUAUCAAAAUAUUCCUUACUGCUGGAUUUAUUCUAAUACUGCCAAUGUUUUAAUAUGUUUACAAUAGUUUUUCAAAUAUUCAACAUAUCUUUUCCAAUCUUCUUUGUAUUUUUUUAAUCCUUAUCUAUGCAUCAGAUUGGCCAUUUCUAGAUAGAUAAUUUAUUACGGUCAAAGAUCAGCUCACAUAACAUAACACAAUAAAAACAGCGUUCAUAAAGAUAAAAUAUACAAUCGGAGCAGAUUGCAGCUCAUGAGUUAAAAUUGAGAUAUAUACAUACACCCGUACAACUGAGAUUUGGGCUACCAUAAAAAAUUGACCCUGAGGCGCCCCAAAGGGCGACUUCAGCAUUUCCCUAGUAAGCUAUUUUAUUCUAGAGGAUGAUCUGUGCCUACAAAUCUGGGCACAGAAUCUGGCUACCAGCCAGGUCGUCUUGUGAUCUUUGCCUAAGAGGAGAGAAUUAAGUUUAGACUUGUCUGAAAGGUCGGCGAGCCUCUUCAGCAAAGGAUCAAUGGUGUCUCUACGAAUCUCAACAUAAAAAGGACAUCUAAAAAAUAUAUGUUUGGGGCUUCCUAUUUCCCCUAAUGGGCAGGCGCAAAGUCUCUGCGUACAGGACUCUUCUAUAGGAGCCUUCCAGAACCGGUGAGGGCAAGGCCAAGCUUCUAGCAAGAGUGAAAGCCCUCUUGCAUUUCUGGAUGUGAGGAAAUAGAGAUAUGUUGCUGGAGCGGCUACAUAUCUUCCGUUUCCUAUGAUUUUAUUAUCGUACAGUCCUGUUGUCUCUCUAUGUCCAUGAUUCUUUUAGCCAUUUCUAUGUAUUCUAUCAGUUUUGUCUGCCAUUCUUCCUUUGUUGGUAUCAUGCCCUACUUCCAUUUCCCAGAAGUUCUUUGUUAUUUUGCAAAUCCACCACAUAUGAUAAAAGUGGAGGACCGUGACUCCAAGGAGACCUGGAAGGAACGGAGGGCAGGAAAGGGAGCAGGGGGAAACGCUCCAGUCAGAGGUCCCAUUUGCUCCCCCAUUUAAAGCUGUAUCCUGCUUUAAACAGUCAUGGCUUGCCCAAAAGAAUCCCGGGAAGUGCCGUUUGUUCCGGGUGCUGAGAGUUGUUCAGAAGCCCCUCUUCCCCUCCCAGAGCUGCAGUCCCAGAGUUCCUGGGAAGAGGGGCUGCCUGUUAAACCAGCCUGGAAAUUGUAGCUUGGUGAGGAGAAUAAGGGCUGCCUAUGUCUAUGAUUCUGCUUGAAGUGUGUAGUGCAGAUGGGGUCACAGAGCACUGGAGUGCUCAGGUCCCCACCAGUAAGGAAGAGCCUCCCAUCUGGCUCCUAGGAAACAUUGCUGGCUCCUAAGUUUUCACAGAAUCAUAAAUGUGGAGAAAAACUCAAAGGUCAUCUAGUCCAACCUGCUAAUGCAGGAAAGUCACCGACUGCAGCAACAGAUUUGAGGCACCACUAAUUAUAUGUUUGUGUUUAUCAUUUUUCUCACCAUGAAAACCUCCCUCGUUCUCUUAGAAUGGCAAUGGCGCCCACCUGAGAGGUCCCAGAAUGGAGUUUCAGCAAGUUCCAGUUGAAAAAAAGCCCUGCCUGGGAAAAUGAUGGAUCAUAUAGUUACUGUGACAUGAAGAAGGAGCAAAAAGGGUUUUCUUGUGUGUGUGUGUUUCUUUUUGGCUGAUUAGCUGCUCUCCCUGUGCAAAGGUCAGAGGGGGCAGGGUUUCUGUUGAGGCAGGUGAUUAGCUGUGGGAGAAACUUAUCAGAGCUUGUAGGGCAGCGGCGCGCGCCUAGCGGCACGCGCAGUUUGAUCCAUCUUUUAGAUUUAGGGGAGCUAGUCUCAAACGUUUGUUGGGGGAGACCUAGGGUUUUUUUUGGGGGGGGGAGUUAUUUGUCCUGUCUUCAUGCUUUUUAUGAUGGAGGACCGCUGUAGCCACCCCCAACGACACGUUCUCAAGAUGGAGGGGGAGGGAACAGCUGCAGUCGCCUGCGGUUCCUGCGCAAUGUUUGCCAUCUUGCCAAAGGUUGCAGGCAGCUUUACCUGCAGCAAUUGCAUGUUGAUUGCCCUCUUAAAAGACAAAGUCCAGCAACUGGAGGAACGUGUAGCUACGCUCCAAAGAAUUAGAGAGCUGGAGCUCUUCUUGGAAGCAACAGAGCACACCAUCUCCACCAAGGAGGAGACAGAGGACUCCCCUGAGAAGGAGGCUAGUUCACCAACACAGGAGCCAGAUAUAUGGAGAAACGUGACUCAAAGAAGUAGGAGGCCCAGGGUUCGCUCUGAUUGUUUAGAAAUACACAAUCGCUUUGAGGUCCUGUCCCCUAGCAUGGAAGACGAAGAGAAGACUCCAUUUGAGGAUCUCUCCCUCAUUACAGUCGAUCAGGUAUAUGAAGACGAGCAGCAAAGUCAGUCCUCAGGGAAUGUGCAGGCGACCUUGGAACGGACAGCUCACGGAAGAACCCCGACCAAACCUAAGAGGAGGCGUGUAGUGGUGAUAGGGGAUUCCCUACUGAGGGGAACAGAAGCAGUGAUCUAUGGGCCUGACAAGAUGUCUCGGGAAGUGUGCUGUCUCCCCAGGACUAAGAUCCAAGAUGUAACUGAACGACUGCAAGGAAUCAUAAAACCCACUGACAAAUACCCCUUCCUCUUGGUUCAUGUGGGAACCAAUGACACUGCAAGCAAUAGCCUCCAGAAGAUCAAAAGAGACUACGAGGCUUCAAAACGACCUUGACAGAUUAGAGAACUGGGCAAAAACAAACAAGAUGAAUUUUAACAGGGAGAAAUGUGAAGUAUUGCACUUGGGCAAAAAAAAUGAGAGGCACAAAUACAAGAUGGGUGACACCUGGCUUGAGAGCAGUACAUGUGAAAAGGAUCUAGGAGUCUUGGUUGACCACAAACUUGACAUGAGCCAACAGUGUGACGCGGCAGCUAAAAAGCCAAUGCAAUUCUGGGCUGCAUCAAUAGGAGUAUAGUAUCUAGAUCAAGGGAAGUAAUAGUGCCACUGUAUUCUGCUCUGGUCAGACCUCACCUGGAGUACUGUGUCCAGUUCUGGGCACCACAGUUCAAGAAGGACACUGACAAACUGGAACGUGUCCAGAGGAGGGCAACCAAAAUGGUCAAAGGCCUGGAAACGAUGCCUUAUGAGGAACGGCUAAGGGAGCUGGGCAUGUUUAGCCUGGAGAAGAGGAGGUUAAGGGGUGAUAUGAUAGCCAUGUUCAAAUAUAUAAAAGGAUGUCACAUAGAGGAGGGAGAAAGGUUGUUUUCUGCUGCUCCAGAGAAGCGGACAUGGAGCAAUGGAUCCAAACUACAAGAAAGAAGAUUCCACCUAAACAUUAGGAAGAACUUCCUGACAGUAAGAGCUGUUCGACAGUGGAAUUUGCUGCCAAGGAGUGUGGUGGAGUCUCCUUCUUUGGAGGUCUUUAAGCAGAGGCUUGACAGCCAUAUGUCAGGAGUGCUCUGAUGGUGUUUCCUGCUUGGCAGGGGGUUGGACUCGAUGGCCCUUGUGGUCUCUUCCAACUCUAUGAUUCUAUGAUUCUAUGAAUUCUGAGCUGUUUGUUAUUUAAGAAUUAACUGCACUUUCAGUCUUCCUGAUCAAUAGUCUUUUGUCACUUUCAGAAGUGUGUAUGUCACCUAGAUAUGUAUUGUGCUUCUUAUUUUAUGGGUCCAGUUCUUCCUGCUGUCUGGUAGCCACUUUCAACACUUUUCUUCUUGUUGUAGAGAGUGGUGGAUAAACUGGAACAAGAAGAGGAGCAGAAGAAACAGGUGAUUUGGGAAGGAGGAGUGUAUUGUGUAGGGCAGAGCCCCACUGGUAGAUCUUAACUGACUUGGCAAACCCUUUUUGAACUGCUUUUUGACAGGUGAUGGGAAUAGUAAGAAUACUCUCAGAAUACUUCUGGGUGUGUGCAGUUCAGGUAAAUUAGGGUCUCCCACUAGAGAGACCAUUAAAACUUUCUUUUUCUGAGCUGCUUGUAUAACAUGACUAAGACAAGCCAGCCAGGUUAGUUGCCGCUGAUGCUAGUAAGAACAAGAAGCAGAAAGAUCUAAACGGGUAGGCACAAUCCUACCAACGAACCAAAUGGGAAAUGUGCAGGAGAACUUUCCAGAGGAUGGCACCCAAAGAGGGAAAAGACACCAUUUGGAUUUUUCACAGGCACCAACAUAUCUUGAGCCAUCCUUUUGUGUAACAAUGAUACCAGCAGCUCAAUCUCACAUUUGUCUGCCAGACACUAGUCUUGUCCCUGAAUUCCUAACUGCAUUAAUAAAAUAUCAAAACAGAAAGCAGUGAAGGUCUUAUUCCAUAUUCUAUUCACUUCCAAUAGCUGGGGCGAGACACACAAUUGAGUUGCACCCUGAUCUUACGUGGUUAAUUCCAAUGUCAUGUCUUUCUUUUACUUACAUCUUCUUUAAUUCUUUUAAAAAGAAGAGAACGCCAGGAGAGGACCAGGUGCAAAGCAGGAAUAAACUCUUAAAAAUUCAGUGGAUGUCACUUGCUUAGGUUUGUAUGUGUGCAUAUGCAGAGUAUGUUGUCUGUAUGCAUGUGUGCAAAAUAUGUUGUGUGCACAAGCGCUGUGUUUUUAAAUCUGGUCCUAAUUUUGUAGGAUGACCAGAGGAAAACCUCAAGAGUUAUAAACAGCAUGUAGCAUUUGAAAAGGAUAUGCUCAGUGAAUGUUUUUGUGUUCAAACAAUGUGUACUGGGUUAUAUUGAUUUAAUAAUGUUGUGCAUCAUAGUUUAUUUCUUUCCUUGCAGAAACGAAAUGACAAGAGUGAUGAGAAAAUAAAGGUGAGAAUAGGUCCAGGGCUGGACUGUUGUGGUCACUGGGACAGAACCAUUGGAGGUGGAAUAAGGAAAAUAAGGGAAAGAUCGGAGAAAGAAAAAGAGAAUCCACCAUACUGAUGUGCCGUUAAGUCAUAAUUAAAACUUUAUUACAUUGGUACGGAGCGUUAAAGCAAUCAACAGCUGCCAUCAUUUCUGACCAUUGGUCAUGCUGGCUGGGACUCAUGAGAAUUGGAGUCUGUUACAGAGAAUUGGGAAGGUUAAUGUUAAAUUGUUAGAAAAUGCUCAAAAUGUUGGCAUUCCAAGACUUCAGUCCUUCCUAUGUUCCUGCAUUAAUGAGCAACCAAGGUUGACCUUUGUAGUUGAGCAAACAAGGUCCACAUGUGUUGGGCAGGUGACAUUUUGGGACAUCCCCAUGGUCAGCAUGGCAGCCAUGAAGUCCUGAGCCACCCCAGAGCCAGUCAUGUUGGCAUGGAUGUUGAAGUCCCCAAAACCAGCAGUCUGGGAGUCCUCAACCCUGCCUCCAAAACCAGCUCUGUCAGCUCAGGCAGGGAGACUGCUGGGCAGCGAGGCGGGUGGUAAACCAGCAGAAUGGCAGGAAGAGUGGCAGCCAGUUGCCCAGGAAGCACCUGAGAUUCAGACUGGUGGGGCAGAGAGGAAUCAUCAGCAGAGAGUGAAGGCGAAGGGGAGAGGCUUGAGGUGGCCACAGACGCAGAGAGAGAAGGAGCAGGGGCUGUGUCUCCUGCUCUGCAAUACAGUAUUGAUUCGGCUCCUUCCCCUCCCCCAUUCUCUGCGCAGGAAUGAAGUCGAGAAAAGGCUGGAACAAUUAAGAAAAGUUGAGUCACAGUGAAAAAAUAAAGGAGGGAGGUAUAAAUAAAGGGAAGAAAGGGGCAGGAACUUUAGCUUCUGCAACUGACUUGCUUAACUGUUGGAUGUACCGUGUGCUGUCUCCUUGGUUAAUGAGCAAUAAAGUUAAUUCCUGUCAAGCCAUGCCUGUUUCUGUUACAGUGUUGAACCACAGAUGGGAGGGCUACCUGACACAGAAUCCCUAAUCUAUCCUGAUUGCCCAGUGCCAGGAACUCUAGAGCCUUCCACAACAGAGACAGAGAGCCUGGAGAGAGAGAUGGAGUCUCUACAGACCACAGCAACUCCUCCUCCCCAGCCCUCAGGUCUGCCCUGUUGUUCACUGAGUACCCAGGUGGGCACAGCUGGGUGAGACCAACUCCACCCUGCUCAGCUACCCAGGUGUUCGUGGUACAGACCAGAUCAGCCUCCAUGUCCAUCAUCAGAUCAUGGAUGAGGGAGGUCUUUACUCAGAGCCAAACCAAAAUUCAACAACAGCAGCUGCAGACCCAAGGGCUGGCUGAUAGGACAACCGAAAUUCCCUGGACUGAAGCAGGGGCUGGCACACGGCACAGUCACUUGUACCGUGUGCCCCUUACCUGGUCUGCCCCACCUCCCACACCAUACGUUCCCCUACCCAGAACCACUGUGGUUGACCCCCUGCUCUCCCCACUUAUUUUCCUCCCAAACACAUCUCGUCUUCCUCAAUAAAAACAGCAACCCCCCCCCAAAUCAGAAACAGUUAAAGCAAUUAAAACAUUUAAACCAAUUGUAGCUGUUAGCCCUGCCUCUGCUUUGCAGCUGGUGCUACAGCCAGGAGAUGCUAAUGGGCUGCAGGUGCAGAGGCCACCAGAUUACGGCUGCUCUCAGCUGCUGCAAGGCUAGCCAGGAGGGAAGGGGAAGCUGUUGGUGGUGAGAGCACAGAAGUCUCUCUUCCUCUCCUGUUCACCUUCUUGCCACAACCAGCAGACUCUUGGUUCUUGGACUUUCCUUUUGCCCCAAGCUUUCUAGACACAGGUCCACACUUUAAAGUUCCGUGUUUGUUUUCCUUGCAAAAACCUGCCCUUUAAUGCUGAUCAGAACAAACGGCAAUUCGGGUUUUCUGCAGAUUGCAGUUUGCUCAAUUCAGUGGUAAAUAGCGAGUUUUUGUGGGAAAGUGUUGCCGGGGCGUGGGGUGGGGAAUGCACUUGCACACAGUGCUUUACAGCCUGGACAUGUGCCUAGAAACAUGUCACAAAAGGAAGUCUGGAUCAGCCCCUUGUUUCUCCCUCAGUGUUGGUCAACAUACACCCAGGUCCAUCCACUAGGAACAGGGCCACAGUAGCUUUCUUCUUCGUCGUCGUCUUCUGACCAGUUGCUGAAGUUGGACAGGUGUGAGGGAAGCGGGUUUGCCCUUGGCCAUGAAGGAAUUUCCUGGCCCUUGGAGGACCACCCAGGAGAUCACACUCACACGCUUCAUGUUUAUUCUUCCCCAGGAGGUCGCUCAGCAGCUGAAGUGCUUGCCUCUGACGCAGAAGAACCUGCGCAUGUUUGACAAUGCCGAAAAGAACCGCAUCCCACCUGAAGACCGCCAGUUUUCCUGCCAGCCCUGUGACAGUAUGUGGUGGCGUCGAGUCCCAAAGAGAAAACAGGUGUGUGUGCAUGCAUGACCAUGUGUCGUGGAUCAUCUGCCUCAAAGGGUCAAACUGAUGGCCACGUACAACCACUGAGGUAGCUCAUCUAAAAGGGAGAUGGGUGUUUUCUCAGGAUAUUAACCCUUCUUACCCUCGCUUCUCCCAUUCCUCCCUCUUUUGCCUCCCCAUCUUUGCCUAAAUUUAAAAGGAAAAAUAAAAGUAUGUGUGAAAAUUCUUUGGCCCACAGGCCAAAUGCAUCUCCUAGCUUCCUCUCCUUAUUCUGUCCCUGCACAGCAGUUAGGCUUGAAAAAGGGCUUCCAGUGGUGCUAAUGAAGGGUUUUUCAGCCUAAUUGCUAGGGUGUGUGUGUAUGUGUGUCCCCUUCCAAUGUGCUGACUUCUGAUGACAAUCCCCCCACCCAGUAAUUGGGGUUGGAAAAAUAAAAGAAGUUCCAUUGGCUCCUUAUUCCUAUGCCAGACAGAACCUAUUUUCAGAAGUGUUGCAACUUAGAUAAUCACCUUCCCCCAAAAUUGUCCCUUGUGUGGUGAGUAGACUUCAGAAAGGGAGGGAAGACCAAGGAGACAUGAUGGCAAGAGACCUGGGUUAAAACUGGGUCCUCCACCAAAUCCAUAUACAGCAUGGAUAGUGUCUCUAUGGAGGUGUUUUUUGAGGGAGGGGAGUGAAAGUGGAGCAUGGACAAAGAGUGGGGGGCUGAACUCUAUAUGUGUUUUCUUCUACUUUUCACUCCAAGACCACCACUCCCAGCCACCACCACUCCCCACAACCAGAAAUAAAGCAGCUGCAAUCAAGGGUGCAACAGUAUUGGGGCCACACCUCAUAUGGGCAGCUUGCUCUAUAGGGGACUUCAGAAGACUUGAACUGAGUCUGCGGCCAUUUCAUUUUGUGGUUCAUUGCUGGAGUUUGGGUGCCUUUUUAGCUUCUCAUUUGAUGCCCUCCACAGGUGUCCCGUUGUCACCGGUGUGGGAACAAGUAUGACCCAGUGCCUGAAGACAAAAUGUGGGGUACAGCAGAGUUCACUUGCCCCUCAUGUGGACGCACCUUCAGGUGAGCAGCGCGGACUGAAUGACUCAAGAGUAUAGGACAGAGGGGGACUUCAGUAUCUACAUUGGUUUUCCAGCGUUCCAGAGGGCAGGACUGGAACCAAUAGUUUCAUGUUAGAAUUUAGACUAUAAACAUUAGGAUUAUUUUCUUGAUUGUACCAGCUGUUGGACAUUGAAACAUCAGGCUGUCUCAGAAGGUGGUGGGCUCACCUUCACGAGAGGAUUUUAAGCAGAGGCUGGAUGGCCCCGUUAUGAAUGGCAUAGCAGUGGAAUUCCUGCAUUAGCAGGGGACUGGACAUGGACUGCGUACACACUGUACCUUUAAAGCGCAUUCAAAGCCCUUCCUUUCCCUCAAAGAAUUCUGGGCACUGUGGUUUCCUAAGGGUUGCUAGAAAUCGUAACUGAGGGAGGUAAACUACAGUGGCCAGAAUUCUUUGAGGGAAAGGAAGUGCUUUGGGCUUUAAAGGUAUAGUUUACACGCAGCCACUGUCUCAGGAGUAAGAUCCAUUGAACACAGUGUGACUCUUCUGCAUGUGUAAGCAUAAGACUGGGCUCUAGGAUUGGGACCGGCUGGUGAAGGGUGGGUAAUAAAUUUAAUAAGUAAGAAUAAAUAGCUUUUACCACAGUCAGCAAUCUUGUUUGGCAUAUAACUAAGGAUAUUGAGACAAGUCAUCUUGUUAUUCUAAUUGACCUCCUUUCUUUAAUUGAUCUCUCACUUAUUGGUCAGAAAAGAUUGGCUGAUAUUUUUUCAGAGGGUAAACCUCAUGGUCCCUUCAAAAUCUACCAUUCUAUGAUUCUAAUAUGGGUUUGACGAAAAAUAUUAGUAUGCCUUGAGGGCUGGGUAUCUUCAGAGCCUGGAAAUACCUCUUUCAACUAAAGGGAGCAAGCAAAACAGUUUGCCAGUUGAAAAGGCUCUGAGUUUCUUUCCUGAGUUAGCCUGAAACAGGCGUAGUCUUUUGUGGCGGGGGGGGGGGUGCAGUUUGUCCUGUGGGAUUCUGCUGUCUGUUUUUAGGAGGGUGCUUCUUCCAAAUAGUUGGUAUUAUUUGUUCUGGUGUUGCUUCACCCAAAGGAAAUUAAAUGUGAUAGUGCUCUACCCUAGAAUGCUUGUCACUGGGAGAAGUGGGGUUUCUGAUGUGCAGUAUUGAUAUUUUGAGCUAGGUUGAUUCCUUAUUGCUUGGUAUAAUUUUCUGUGCUGUGUAAUGGUCUUCCUGAGAGCUCCACAAAAUAAAAUGGCAAAAAAUUAGUUAAAAAAUGAGUUAUAUCAGAACAUGACAGAAAAUAAGUAAAUGUAUCAAUAAAUAAAGGCACUCCCUCCAUCUCUUGACUGCAGUGGUUCGGCCCAGAUGGGGAGCCCGUCUCCCUGCUACAGUUGCCACAGCCCUGUUCUCCCGAGUUUUAUCAUCCCACCUCGCAAGAAGCUGGGACCAAGAAGCAGACAGCAGCAUUCGUGUUUUGCAGAGGAUUGCUACAACCGAAGAGGUGGGGCUGAAUGUGCAUUGAAUAGGCAUUGUGCCAUGGGGUGUCCCUUCCCUGCUAGGGGGCCACCAUGUGCUGUUGACUUGCCAUGCUAAGCGGCAUCUGGUCCCAGUUUGCAGAAAUGGGACCAGAGUAGAAAGGCGUUGGAGCAAAAUUCCAGGCAUAUUAUUUGGCAGAGGGGAAAAAAGUGCCUUCCUGUGUAUUGGAACUUUUCCCAUACUGCUGCCAUGAUCAGCACAGAAGGAAUGUUGGCUGGGGGAGGGGGGAGGGGUAGAGCUUGACUGCCUUCUAGAAAGUGUGGAAACAAGGGAGUGUAGGAAGGUGAGUUCAUGUGUGGCUGGUCCAGCAAAACAUUUCACCUCGUGUCCUCCUGUCCCCUUACAGAGCCCCAUAUACCAGGAACUCACUGUGUGCAUCCCCAAAGCCGCAUCAAGAACAGCUUGCCCAAAGUCAUCUACCCCAGCCAAGAGCAUGAUAGUACCGGCUCCACGGUGGCCACCUGCUUAAGUCAAGGCAGCUUGGCAUUCUGUGACAUCAAUGAGCUCAUCCUGGAAGACCUGAAGGAAGAGGAGGCUGGCGAGAGCAGCAAUUAACCCCCGGAUGUCUGGAGUGGGAAUGGAUGGGAGAUGAAUGCCAGGUUGCAAACUAGUGAGCAUGGCUGGGAAGGGAGUCUUUUUUCUUCUUCAAGCUGAACAAUUCUAAUGAUGCACAUGAAUUCCCCAUUCUGGGCUUCUCUUUGGCUCUGCACUUUGUCUUAUCUUCUCAGUGUGGCUUUUCUUUGCUUUUGUUGUCAGUCUUAUUUCUUUUCUGGAGAGCUCAUCUUCUAGAUGUAUCUUAGCCAUAGAUUUAAACUGGUUUUAAUAGUCAUCUUCUCUCCUCAGUUCUCACCACCCUGACCCACUACAAUUCCUAGGAUCCUUUGUGAAAACUAGUAAAGAAAGCUAGUACUGUGUGGAUGUGUUCCAUCUCGUAGUCUCGUAAUCUGGUGAACCUGGUUUGCGUCUCCGCUCCUCCACAUGCAGCUGCUGGGUGACCUUGGGCCAGACACACUUCUUUGAAGUCUCUCAGCCCCACUCACCUCACAGAGUGUUUGUUGUGGGGGAGGAAGGGGAAGGAGAAUGUUAGCCGCUUUGAGACUCCUGAAGGGAGUGAAAGGCGGGAUAUCAAAUCCAAACUCCUCCUCCUCCUCUUCUUCUUCUUCUUCUUCUUCUUCUUCUUCUUCUUCUUCUUCUUCUUCUUCUCCUGUCCAAUCAGCCCUCCUUGACAUCUCCCAUUGGAGCUAGUUGUCUGUGGAACUUGACGAUGUCCUAGCUUCCAGUUGUUAAACUGACCUUAAAAGAACUAAGAGGCUUUUCAAAGAUAACGCUUCUGUUGUGUUCAUCAUGAUCUUUUACCAGCUCUUUGAACUUUCAUAUGCAGUUGGCAUGAGAGGAUCAUGUUUGUGUGUUCCUGGUGGGAAAACUACUACUGGUCUUGUCAGUAGUUUCCAUUAGCUCAGAGGUGGUUAACCUGUAGCACUAUUGUCCCGUCAGCUCCAGCAACAUUGAAAAUAACCAUGGCUGAUGGGAGUUGUAGUUCAGCAGUAUCUCAGAAUGAGGUCCCCAUUCCUGUAUCAGGUGGAGUCAUGAUUAGAAAGAAUGCAUGCUGCUUCAAGCUCUAGGAAAACUCUCCAAACCCAGCAAGACAUGGAGGAGGCCAAGUUUCUUUUUAUUAUGUUGCUACAGCUUUAGGAACUAAAGUGUAGGUGGCUGAGAUUGAAAAUUUCCAUACUGUACUAGUAAGGUGUCUUUUCUCAGGGAGGUUGCAGACAGAAUGGGAACAUUGCAGCUUGACCUUUCAAGCAAUGCUCUCUGCCUCCUAGAGCUUGUGUGGCUAGAAAUAAAAAGGGUCAGGGAUGGAGAAGUUGGAGGAACCUUGUUGGGGUAGCUGUGCUCUGUUAACAGUCCUGUUCAGAGAACCCAGUUCCCUUCCCAUUGAGCAUGUAGAAAAGGCAGUUUUAUGUGAAUCUUUCUUAAUUGUUAUAAAAACUGUAUUGUUGUAAACCACUUUGGGAAACCCUUUUAGGGCUGAAAGGCAAUAUAGCAAUGUUUUACCAAAUAAGGUAAUCUGUGCAGGAUUUGUGAUAUUAGCAUUGAUCUUGGAAAAACAAAUCAUUACAGGGGUUCUGUAUCUUAAUCUCCAGUUUGAAAGGCUUCAGAUCUAUCUACAACACACUGUCUCAUGUUCAUGGGCAAAUGUUUUCUAUCAUGUAUGUAGAUAUUAUUUCUUGCCCUGGUGCAUUUAAAAAGUGGGUGCAAUUAAAAUUAUGUUUCCCCCCCCCAUUGAAAUGUUGCCUGAUUUCUACAGUUCAAAGGGCC